CAUUAUCGAUGCAGCUGAGUGAAUCGAUCAUGAAAGCAACAAGCUUGUUUGUGUAAUGUUCUAUGACUAUGAGUCCUCUGUAAUCCAUUGUGCUGACGCUUGAAGCUACAUGCGUCCAGAUUGAAUCAUGUGUGUUCCCCUGGCUGGUUUCUAGAAAGUCGUGCUCAGAAAGUUGUGCCUCACAUCGGGCUUGCAGAUGUUUCUGACCACGUUACUUUAGAAUUUGAAUGGCAGAGUUGAAGCUCGUCCUUCUGUCUGGAUUACCGGGAAGUGGCAAGUCCACGUUAUGCCAGGCUCUAGCACAGGGUACCAGCUUUCCUUCUUGUCACGUUGUUGUUGUAAACUUCGAUGACUUCAUCGGUGAAAGUGACUUGAAGGUUGAAAGGGAGGCUCUGCUGCAUGUGGGUGGUCCCGAGGCCAUCACAUGGCGACACAAACGCCAACAUCUAUACCUUAGCGUGAAAUGGCUCCUGCGCGCUCUGAACGGAGCUACCCGCUCAACUGAGCCGGCUGUGCCAGGAGUAGGUCAGUUCAUGGAGAAUGUGCUCAAGCGUUCUCGCUGCACUUGUUUGAGGCCAUCGUCGUAUGACGUAUGCUUGACUGGUUGUGCUCACAUUGUGAUCGUUGAUGACAACAUGUACUACGGCAGCAUGCGCUACCCUUACUACAGCUUAGCAAGAGAAUUUUCCCUUCCGUUUGGUCAGCUCCAUCUCAGCUGCUCUGUACCUUUGGCCAUUAAGCGUAAUCAGGAGCGACACUCACUGGUAACUCCGGCCACGAUUGAGAAAAUGCAUGCCAAUAUGGAGGUGCCCGGGGCACGAAGUUGGGAAACUUGCUUUUCGACUGUUGACUCUGUACACCCGAUCCCGAAUAUGUUAGAGUUGGCAGAGGGUUUUUUCAGCAAGCUCACUGUUCCACCGGCUUUGUCGGACCCUCUAGUGAAGCUUGUGGAAAGGGCGAAUGCACAGGCUGUCACCAAGAGCAAUACUCAACACCAGAUUGACCAGGUCCUGCGUAAGCGCAUAUCAGCCACAGUGACCAACCUGCCUGACGGUUGUAGCAUCCAGCUUGUGGCCGUGCAGCUGAACAGGGCACGGCAAGAUCUCCUGGAGUCCAUCAAGAGAGGCCACCUGUCCAUGGAGCAGAUCAUGGAGAUGGGAGCUGGCCUUGAGCAAGAGAACGACGGUGCUAGCAGCAGCAGCAGUCUGCAGGACCAGGCCACCAAUGACUUUAUCCUAGCUGCAGUUGAUGGGUAUUACACAAACAUCAUAACCAGCAUUAUUGAUAGUACCAUGGCGAACCAUCCAUAAGACUUCAGUCUGUUCUACUCUAUAUCUA